AUGUCGAAUCCCAGAAACAGAGCUACUACAGCCCCUGGUUUGAAGGUCAAUAUCAAUUCUAUUUGUGCAAUGCUUCAGGCUGCAAGGAAGUACGGUGCGAAUAACCCUGUUCCCAUCAAGUUUAUCUUUACUUCAUCUCUCGCUGUUUACAGAAGACCUCUUCCUGAAGUGAUCAAGUUUGAUACUAUCACUACUCCUGAAGGUUUCAUCGAUGGACGUAUCAUCCACCUGCCCACCGUUGCCGUGCGACCCAGGGCCCCUUCUGCUGCCACCUCGACCUUCAUUUCCAGAAUCAUUUGUGAGUCUCUCAAGGGUGUUGAGGCCAUCUGCCCCAUUGGCAAUUCGUUUGACUCACCCGAGCUCAACCUCGCACUCUGGAUUGCCAGUCCCAAAGUCACCAUCAAAAACUUUGUCAUUGCCAAGCACGUCUCAGCCGACAAGUUCCUCAAACACACACACGUUGUCUGUCUACCUGGUUUCACCACCAUGGUCCGGGAGGAACUUGAAGUGAUGGAGAAGGUUGGAGGAAAGCAAGUGUUGAAUCUUGUCAAGUUCAAGGAUGACCCCACCAACUGCAGGAUUGUAUCUUCAUGGCCAGUGCAGUUUGACAACACCUAUUCUCUGAGCCUUGGCUUCAUUGUCGACGAGGGUGGAAUACUUCACCAUCACCCUCGCCCUCAUUUUUUAAACCAAUAUAUCAACCCCAUUGUACUUGAAAACAUUACAUGA